UUAUUUAAAUUAUUUAUUUCAGUUAAAGUAUGAUGUAAAUCUAUGUCCGACAUUCUACUGGGAAAAUCAAGAAAUUUAGUUUGACGAGAAAUCAAUAUUGACAAUUAUGGCAGUGUUAGGAAUUCAGUUUGUGAUUACGAUGAUGAUGGCUACUGUAUUGUCAAGAGUUGGGCCUCAUCUUUCCUUGGCUAGGUGGCUUCUUUCAUCAAGGUUUGCUGGCCUAGUCCGGUAUCUGCAUCCAUCAGACGAGGAGCUGAGAGUAUUUGCUCCUCCUCCCAUCAGGGAUAAAAGAGAAAAGAAAAAGGUUCGUCAGGCGGAGAAGAACGGGGUUCCCCAGGGAAAUGGUGUGUUUAAUGUUGCCAGAAAUAUUGAUCUAAACCUGGAUAAAACCUAUGUUAGUGUAGGAGAUCUGGUUCAGCUCAGAUAUUAUUCCGAAUACCAGUGGUUACUGGACUUUGCUGCAUAUUCUCUCAUCACGUAUUUUCUUAGUGAACUUUACGGGUUCCUUUUCCCAGAAAAAGCAUCCAACGAGGUAGGAUUCUGGUAUACGGGGGUCGGAUCAUAUCAGGGUGAGGAGGGCGGAGAAAGAUCUUUAGUGCUAGUGAUGGGUGGAGCGUAUUUACUGUUUGCUAUGCUGGUUCUAGUUGUGGACGAGAGUACUCUGGAAACUGGAUUAGGGAUACAAUGUUUGGCACUAUGGUGCGGUCUGAUCGGAGCUCUCUUCACCUUCCCUGGUUUGAGAACUGCUAGGAUGCAUUGGGAUUCUCUCAAGUAUAGUGAGAGCAGUGUACGAUCCGUCCUACUUCAUAUAGGGUUCAUUGCUCCUCUUCUCCUCACCACACUCUGGAUCCGUCCUCUGACCAGGGAUCCACUCACAAACCGGAUAUACAGGAACAUGUCAGCUCCGCUCAUGACAGAGGAUCAGUUUGAGAGUAUGAGACUGUAUCUAAUAUUCGCUACCGUUCUGUACAGGCUCUUUAUUAUGCCAACAUACUUACAGAGCUAUUUGAACCUUGCAUAUCACAAAGUAACGGAGUUGAAGCAAGAGGCUGGAAAGAUCUCUAAUAUUGAUCUCCAGAGACUAGUUAUCAGGGUUUUCUACUAUCUCUGUGUUGUCACUCUCCAGUAUAUUGCUCCGAUGAUUAUGAUCCUGUAUCUGAGUUUGCUGUAUAAAACCCUAGGAGGAGGAUCAUGGAUUGGAGAUCUAUCCGUCCCACAGGAGGAGUGCUCAGCGACGGAACCUUCUCCGAAAUGUUUGAAUGCAAAGACCACAUUUGUUUCAGGUUUCUCUACGUGGUGGUGCUGCUUUGCUUGGUUUGGAUCCUCUGCUAUAGGGAUCGGAUAUCAAACCUACUUCUCCAAGGGUUAAAGACAAUUAACCUUUCUCCGGAAUACUCCUAGAACUAUAUGUAAAAUGUUAGACUGGAUAGAUAUGGACGGGUCUUCUGAUCUUCUUAACUUGGUUCCCAACUUAACGACUUUGAACUAAUUUUCUCUCACAAAUCCUGAAAAAUUAUGAAAUCAACUCAAACCUUGCUAACUACAAUAAGAUAUCCUUUCCUUCUCUCAACCAUAACAGAAACCUGGAGACUAUCUCUUAAGUCUGCCCUUGAAGAAUAUCACUAAACCCUAUCCUAUACCUGGAAAAGAUUUCACUGAAACUUAUCCUACACCCACUUAGACCUAUCCUAUUCAUGGAGAAUAUCUCUAACCUACCCUAUACCUAGAGAAUAUCUCUUUACCCUAUCCUACACCUGGAGAAUAUCUCUCUAACCUAUUCCACACCCAGAGAUUAUCUCUCAAACCUAUCCUACACCCGGAGCUAAAUACCAUCUCAACCCGUCUUACACCCGGACAUAUUAGAAUACAAAGUAGUGCAAUGAAUAUAAAAUCAAUCAAUGAGCUGAAAAACUGUUAUGAUCGUUAUGAAUCUCUCGAAAUAUUUAAGUUUUGCUGAAUUUGUUAACCAAGGGGAUUACAUACGUACAUUAUAUGAACAUAUGUCCUAUACAUUACACACCUAUGACAAUUCACUGUAAUUUUUCAAACAUAUUUCUAUUACGAGGCAAAACAUGGAUUUAAGAUUUGUUUUUGGGAAUUUCAAAAUUCUGAGAGAACAGAAUUUAUUUAGAUAUCGUACAGCCGUUUUUGAGGAUUACAACGUGGAGGAAAGACAGUCGAUUAUUAGUAUUUAUAUAUUCCCAAGUUUUCUUGUUAGUUUGGGCAUUAAAUGUUUUUCUAUCUUUGUACUGAGGACUGAAUAUCUUGUUAAAUUGACCACCCCCCUUGUUAUUUGUUAUUUAUUUAUAGAUUCUCAGUUUUCUUUUAUACUUGAAAAUAAAGAGAUACCGUAGA